AUGGCUGCUGAAUUCCUUCCCGCACAAGCGCCCGCAGGCGUCCAAUGCCACCAAAUCGAUUUCACAGCAACCGACCCACCUUUGCCCAAAUACAAGGAUCACUUUGCGGCUGUGAUAGACAACAUCCUGACGCCGGCAGAAUGCGAGGAGCUCAUCCGCCAAGCAGAAGCUUCCACUGUCACCCCCACUUCCACUACCCCGACCUGGGAGCGGGCCAUGAUCAACAUCGGCAAUGGACAACAGGCCCUAGCGACUGACACGCGGAAUUGCGGGCGCAUCAUCUGGGACUCGCCAGAGCUGGCCCAGAAACUCCUGGAUCGGCUGAUGCCCUUUCUACGGGACUUUGGCCUCGACCGCAUCGACAACCAAGUAGGCAACCAACUACUCGUGACGGGACUGGUCGGCCGCGGCAAAGUCUAUCAUCUCACACGACUGAAUGAGCGACUUCGCUUUCUGAAAUACGAAGGAGGCGAAUAUUUCCGACCGCAUUGGGACGCUUUCUACCGGACUCCCGAUCGCCAGGAGCAGUCCUUUUACACGAUCCACCUAUAUCUGAACGGGGAUGGGGAGCAGGAUGUGCAGGAGUUGGCACGCCAACACGAGCGCGUGUUAAACGGCGGCGAUGUGAACCUCAACGUAAGUGGCGAGCUUCUAGGGGGUGCCACCUCGUUUAUUCCCCGGUAUGAGGAUCAGGAGACCCAGGUUCGCGUGUUUCCCAAGACUGGAUCCAUGCUGGUAUUCCAGCAGAAUGGCCUCCUUCACGGGGGAGACCCGGUAUUCCGAGGUACAAAAUAUACGGUGCGCACGGAUAUGAUGUAUCGGGUGCAGUGA